UGUAACCAUAUUUCAGAUACAAGGCAAUUGCCCUACAUUCCUGAAUUUCUGAAUUCAUAAAUCUGAAGUACGAGCAAAGCUCAGUGAUUUUUAUACUCCCCAUUUCCACUAUAUAAAAUGUAAUGUGUAGUGUUUUCAUGAACCCAAAUUCAUUAAUCUGUUAAACACAUAGACACGCCCAAGUAACCCACUAAUCCUUCAAUACCAUUACAGCACAACACAACAUGACUGAGACACCACCCCUCAGCCAAAAGUUUAGCCAACUUGAGAAAGCAAAAGGAACAGCACAAAAUUCAGUCCAAAAGAUACAAAGGGUAGCACAUUAUCUCCGAGAUCGAAAACAUUUUGCCAAACACUACUCACCCAGAUUGGUGUCAAUUGGUCCAAUCCAUCAUGGUGAAAAGAACCUCCAGCUGGGAGAAAAAUACAAGCUUAUGUGGGCAGCAAGGUACCUUGAACGCACCAAACAAGAUGCACAAGCUUUGUACCAAAAGAUUGCAUCAAAUAUCAAAGAGCUGAAGGAACUCUUUGCUGAGGAUCUCAUUGAAGCUUUCCCUGAUGAUGAAAAGCUAUCGUGGAUGCUACUUGUGGAUGGAUGUGCUCUUCUACAAAUCUUGGAGAAAGCAAAAAUACAUUAUCCAGAAGAAAUGAAAGUCAAGGUUGACCAGUUGGUUCUUUUGUGGCAGGAUGUGUUCUUGUUAGAGAACCAACUUCCCUAUCAAGUGCUUAAACUGCUGUCAGGCCCCAACAAUGAUGCCACGCUAUUAAAAAUCAUGAAAGAUUUUGUCAAGUGUCAUCAUUUGUCGCCUGAAAAACCAAAACAACAGGUUAAGAAACAGGACACGGUCAAGGUUAAAACCAAGGAUGAGGACAGUAAAUCCUCAAAAGGGCACACCCUGCAAGGAAAACACACAGAAGAAAUACCCCUGGAAGAAGUCACACAGCAAGGAGAACACAGAGUAGACAUACCCCCGGAAUCACCUAUUCAUCUUCUUGAUCAGCUUCGCAGAUAUAUCCUUGAAGACUCUCACAUAAAACACCUUGGUGGCCCAAGAAACACGAACACGGGGCAGACGAGUGAGGAGAUAACAUACAGGAACAUAAAGGAACUGAGAGCAGCAGGGAUUAAACUGAAGACAAACAACUCACACAGUCUCAGAGACAUCUCUUUCUCUUAUCGCUGGCUGUGUCUUUGUGCAGAACUGAAGCUUCCUCAGAUCACAGUUGAUGACACAAUAGCUCCUACUUUUCUCAACCUUAUAGCAUAUGAGGUGUGUCCAGAUUUUAAGAACAACUACGAGAUUUGCUCCUUUGUGGCCUUCAUGGACUCGCUUAUUGACCACCCUGAUGAUGUUAAGGAGCUGAGAAAAGCAGGGGUUUUGCACAAUGCCCUUGGGAGUGAUGAGGAAGUGGCAAAGCUCUUCAACACCAUAAGCACUGACUUGGUGCCUGACUCAGAGAGCUAUUCGCAUGUUAGAGCACAAAUUGAGAAGCAUUAUAGGAACAAAUGCUGGACGUGGAUAUCUCUUGGUUGUCAUAGAUACUUUAGCAACCCUUGGUCAAUCAUUGCUUUCCAUGCUGCUGUUCUUGCUAUUCUUCUCACUUUCAUCCAAACUUGGUUUGCUAUUCACCCUGCUCAUGCUGGCUAAUUCACUCACCAUUUCAACUAGGUUGGGAUUAUGUGUCUUUCUUUUCUUUUUAUGGACAAUAUUUAGAUGAACUGCUCAGAUACUUUUCGUGUUGUUUUCUUAUCAGAAUUGGAGUUUUACUUCACGUUUAAGUUAAAUAUCACAAUUGACUACCAAAGUAAACUCCAACUCUUUUGAGAGAAUAAUAACAUUAAAAGUAAAAAAAAAAAAAAAAAUUGCAUCUAAUUGUGUUUUUUAAGUAUGUGUGAAAUUAAUAUUCUUUUUAUAAUAUAAAAAAAAACA